AUGUCCUCUCCACAGCAACUCAAGACCACCGUGACCGAUCUUCUGAAGAUCAACCAUCCCGUCAUGCUGGCAGGCAUGAACGUGGCUGCUGGUCCCAAAUUGGCGGCCGCAGUCACCAAUGCUGGCGGUCUGGGCGUCAUAGGCGGUGUCGGAUAUACUCCAGAUAUGCUUCGGGAACAGAUUGCCGAAUUGAAAGGCUACUUGAACGACAAGAACGCUCCCUUCGGUGUCGAUCUCCUCCUGCCCCAAGUUGGCGGUAGUGCCAGGAAGACGAACUAUGACUAUACCAAGGGAAAGCUUGAUGUCCUGGUUGACAUCAUCAUUGAAUCUAAAGCAGCGCUCUUUGUCUCUGCUGUCGGCGUGCCCCCUAGGGAGGUUGUGGACAAGCUCCACAAGCAUGGAAUCCUCUAUGCGAACAUGAUUGGUCACGUGAAGCAUGUCAAGAAGUGCCUCGAGCUCGGUGCCGACAUAAUCUGUGCCCAGGGUGGCGAAGGUGGUGGUCACACUGGUGACAUCCCUACCAGCGUCCUGAUUCCAGCAGUAGCCAAGAUCCUCCGCGAGGCUCCGAAUUCUAAAUUCACUGGCAAGCCCGUUCAGCUAGUCGCUGCAGGUGGUAUCUUCAACGGCCAAUCACUGGCCGCCGCCUUGAUGUUAGGUGCUUCUGCCGUUUGGGUCGGAACGAGAUUUGUCCUGUCCGAGGAAGCUGGUGCUCCCAAGGCACAUCAAGAAGCCGUCCGAACCGCCGGCUUCGACGACAACAUUCGCACCAUCAUCUUCACCGGCCGACCUCUUCGUGUCAGAAAUAACGAAUACAUCCGCAACUGGGAGGAAAAUCGACAGGCGGAAAUCAAGGCUCUUACAGACAAGGGUGUCAUUCCGGUCGAACACGACUUCGAAGAGAAAGGCGACGACCUCUCCGACGAGGACAUGGAGAACGCCCGCCCCUUCCUGAUGGGCAAGGCGGCUGCUGUGGUCAACGAGAAGAAGUCCGCCCGCGCGAUUGUCGACGAGUUCGUCAACGACGCGGUUGCCGAGAUAAGGAAAGGAAACGCUCUCAUCGUUUCCAAGAGCAAGCUAUAG